AUGAGCCUGCUCGGUCCGAGCAGUGGUGUGAGUGGCACUCCCUCUCAAUCGAGUGAAUGUGCUGACAAAGUGGUCGGAAUCCGCAGGUCUAAUCAGACUUCCUCCAACCACACGGAAAGUGUCGGAGACAGUGAACAGCUGGAGGAAAUCGAUGUUGAUUUUGCUGCAGAAUAUGACGAAGAUGUGGACGAUGGUAUCGAUCAACCUCAAAUGGGAACUCGGGCGGAUAAGUCCUUAGGUCUUCUAACCCAACGAUUUAUACGCUUACUAGAGUGUUCCGUCGGUGGAAUUUGUGACCUAAAUCAGGCAGCGGAGGCGUUGAAUGUUCGACAAAAGCGACGGAUUUACGACAUAACCAAUGUUUUGGAAGGUAUUGGACUCAUUGAGAAGAAGUCAAAAAAUGUGAUACAGUGGAAAGCUGGUGAUUUGCUCAAAGCGGACGAAAAGGAAGACGAACCUGGUGUUAUCUCUCAUCUCGAAAGUUUACAAGCGGUAUUAGUUCAAUUGCGUGAUGAGGAAAACGCUUAUGACGAACACAUCAAGUGGCUUCAACAGAGUAUGCGGAAUGUGUGUGAGUCUUCAAAAAAUCAGCGAUGUGCCUACAUCACACAAGCAGAUCUCCAGAAAGCUUUUCCUUUCUCAAACACAUUCGCUGUGCAGGCACCUCCUGGAACAAAUGUUGAGGUGAUUCCACCAAGGUUUGGAGGCAUUACUGAUGCACGCUAUGUGCUUCGUCUGUCGAGCUCAUGUGGUCCUAUUACUGCUGUUUUUGCGAAUAAAUCCGAAGGUCGGGCUAGGGUGUACAGAGCCAUUGUGGACUCUUCUAAUCGGUUUCAGGUUGAACACGGUCUAUACACUGCAGUUGGGGAUGAGUCUGUUCCUGUUUUCGAGGAAGAUGACGAAGAAGCGCAGGGAACAUCACGUAGACGUCGAAUAGAAGAAGCGAAAGGCGGUGCGGGCUCCGGUCGAUGUUAUCGCGUCAACUCAUCUACCCUCGGUGUUGAAAGCUUGGAUCGAACGGCUUCAGGAAGUACGCUAGUGCAAAUUCAGCCGCCUCCAAACCAUGAAGACUACCAAUUUCGGGUCAAAAACUAUAGCAGCGCGUUCGAUUUGUUUGUUGACGAAAUAUAG